AACCGAUUGAACACAACUUAACCAGCUCUCCUAACCUGAAUAUUUCACCCGAAAAAUAACCGAUAUUCAACCGCUUCGCUUAACGGAACACGCGUUUUGUAUCUGUGUAUUACCCGAAACAAUUGUGCCUGUGUGAACAUGAGGACACACUAAAAAAACAGUGAACAAAAAACGAGAACUUUUCCAAAUAAUUCUUAUAAACUACAAAAGGAAAAAAGCAAAUAAAAUGCAUUCCGUGGAAGACAUGUUGGUGGAGAAAAACUACAGCAAGUGCCCGCUGAAAAAGCGCCCAGUUAAUUACCAGUUCGAGGCGCCCCAAAAUCACAAUAAUACACCCAAUGAACCACAGGAUUUGUGCGUGAAGAAAAUGGAAAUCUUGGAGGACAAUCCCUCAGAGGAGCUGAUCAACGUCAGCGAUUGUUGCGAGGACGAGGGUGUUGAUGUGGAUCACACCGAUGAUGAGCAUAUCGAAGAGGAGGACGAGGAUGUGGACGUGGAUGUGGACUCCGAUCCCAAUCAAACGCAGGCUGCGGCUCUGGCUGCCGCCGCUGCAGUGGCCGCCGCAGCUGCCGCUUCCGUAGUGGUGCCCACUCCCACUUACCCAAAAUAUCCCUGGAACUUCCACAUGUCCCCGUACACUGCCGAAUUCUACAGGACCAUCAAUCAGCCGGGCCAUCAGAUUUCGCCUCUGCGAGGCGAUCUCAUUGCCCCCAGUUCGCCAAGUGAUUCGCUGGGCUCCCUGUCGCCGCCACCACAUCAUUAUCUUCACGGUCGCGCCAGCUCCGUUUCUCCACCAAUGAGAUCGGAAAUAAUCCACCGACCCAUUGGCGUGCGGCAGCACCGAUUCUUGCCCUAUCCACCAAUGGGCGGUUAUCCCAGUCUGGGCGGCUAUACCCAUCAUCAUCAUGCGCCGAUUUCACCGGCCUACUCGGAGAACUCCUACUACUCCAUGCGCUCGAUGACGCCCGAAUCCAGCUGCAGUUCCUCGCUGCCCGAAGAUCUAUCCCUGAAACACAAGAACCUGAAUCUGAACCUGAAGACCAAUCAGCCAGGAGAAAUAGUGGCUAUCAAGCCGGGAGAAAUGUCGCCUGCAGCCAGCAUCAAUGCCUCCGCCAAGAAGGACAAAAGCCAGCCACCGCGUUACCAAUGCCCGGAUUGCCAGAAAUCGUACUCCACCUUCUCUGGGCUGACCAAGCACCAGCAGUUCCAUUGCCCCGCCGCCGAGGGCAACCAGGUGAAGAAGUCCUUCAGCUGCAAGGAUUGCGACAAGACCUAUGUGUCGUUGGGCGCCCUGAAGAUGCACAUUCGCACCCACACGCUGCCCUGCAAGUGCAAUCUGUGCGGCAAGGCGUUCUCGAGACCAUGGCUCCUGCAAGGACACAUUCGCACCCACACGGGGGAGAAGCCAUUCAGCUGUCAGCAUUGCCACAGGGCCUUUGCCGAUCGCUCAAAUCUGCGAGCCCAUCUGCAGACCCACUCGGACAUCAAGAAGUACUCCUGCACCAGCUGCUCCAAGACCUUUUCGAGGAUGUCCCUCCUAACCAAACAUUCAGAAGGCGGCUGCCCUGGCGGCAAUGGAGGCGGAUCCUCCAGCAGCGAACUCAAUUACGCCGGCUAUGCCGAGCCCUAAGGCGAUCUAUAGUAUAUACAGCUGAGAUCCCAGCCAUGUUCCACCAAAAAUUAGUUCCUAGCUCUCUUAGGCGGCUCCAAGUUCCCAAAACUCCCAGUGCAGACACACAAUUUCAAACAGAAUUUCACUUAUUUUUAUUUUCUAGUCAGCAUUUUCUCCGAAAAAAGAGAAAAUUAAAAAUUACAUUUUAAUUUGUAACCCUACCCACAAAAAACUUUUCUAACACCCACAAUUUGAAUAAUUCUAACCAUAAUUGAGUGUGUGCCCAUAUCCUAAAGAUGAACUUUGUAAAGUAUUCUACGAUUUAUCCUGUACAUAAUGUAUUAUGUCUAACUGUAGACUUUAAGCUGAACAAAUGAAACGCCAGACAAUCGUAAGCAAGACAUACAACAUCUCUCUAUUUUAUAUGAUAGUAUUCUUAGCCUAGCUGUAGACCGUAAAAUAUUUUUGAUAUGACCACUACUUUUUCGCGUAUACAUUAAAAAUGUUCUACAUUAGCUUAAGUGAAGAUAAGCGAACAACACAUAUUUUGAUACGAAAAUGUUUUGUAAUUCUAAGUAAUUUAUUGCAUCAAGCGAAAAAAGAAGAAAAUACAUUUUAUUUACAUACGA